ACAAAAUCUCCUCUUCUUCUCUGAAUUUCUUCUUCUGAGUAAUUCUACUCGUAACAGUGGUAUCAGAGCCGUCGAUUCUCCGACGAGCUUUCGCUUCCGGUUACACCUCCGAUUGAGAUUCCGGCUAGUCCUCCUAAAAUCAAUGGCUGUUAGAACUCUUGAUUCGAUUCCUUUUUCGCGAGCCUCUGAUUCUGAUCACUUUCUCAGUAUAAAUCAAUGGCGGCUGAUAACUUCUUACAAACUAAGGAGUCGUUGCACAGUUUACAACUAGCACUCGCACGUGUAGCAGCAGAUGUGGCAAGAAUACAAAAAGAAUUUUUGAUGCUGCAAGAAUCUUCCAAGGAAAUAGCGGAUGAGUUUUCUAGUUCAGAGGAUACACCUGAAUUGGAAGGUAUACAUUCUGAAAUUGAAUCCUCUUCUUCAUUAUAUGGUGCUGUUACUAGCUCAACAGGUUUUGUGAAUUCAGAUGAAGUUAAUUUGGAAAUUGAGAUUAGUGCAUCUAAGGUGUUUGAUGAAAUGCCUGACCGAAUUAGGAAUGAAUUUGAGACUCAAUUUAGUGACAUAUAUAUUUGUGAGACAAUUUUAAGAGAAAUACAUGAACAGAAUGUUGAUAUUCAAGAGGUUCCUAAGUAUGAAAAAGAUAAUACUCUAAUUGUAAAUAUUGAUGUGAUUAUGGAUGAUAGUAGUAAUCUUAAAGUUGUGAAUAACAGUGUGAUUUUGGAUGAUAGUAGUGAUCUGGACUUUUGGUAAUUUAAGAAUGCAAUCGGUGUUGCUAGUCAAGAUGUGUUGGUCAAGGUUAGUUGUGUUGAGGUUAUGAAAUUCCAAUUUUUCAGUGAUAUUGUGUGUUUUGUUGAUUUUUGGGGACAAAAAUCCCAUAAGGAAGGAGUAUUAGGUAUUACUUGUAUAGUUUUGGAAAUGGAAUCCUUUGGUUGGAAACCGGGGUGGCUACAUUGUUCAAAAGAUGUAGAGGAAGUCAGUGAUGGUGUUGCUAGUAUAGUUGUGUAAAUAGGAUCUUUUGGAUGGAAACCCGGUUGGAUCACUAAGAUAGUUACUAGAGAGGUGUUGUUAGAGAUGGUUGAUGCACACAAAUCUGGACUAAUCAAUGGCAGUGAGAAUGGAUUUAUGGUUAGUAUAAAUGUGGUAGUGGAGGUUUAUGGCAGUAUGAUUGUUGAUGAUAGAUAUCAAAUUGACAUCAUUAAUGAGUUCAGUGAAAAGGCACAAGCCUGUGUUGUUGUUGGAAAUUCGAUCCACAAUAAUACUUCAUGUGUUGGAAAUGAGUGUUGGCUGAUUUGAGUGGGAGUCAAGGAAAUCAAAUGGUUUAA